AUGCAGCAGUUUGAAAGAACUGCACUUUCUACGUUAUGUGUACUUGCAGUUUUACUGCUAACAGCACUGCCCAUGUGCAUAGCACAAUUUUCAAUACAGGGACCUAGUGACGGGAAUCGAGUCGCCCAGGGUUUAACAGUACAGGAAGGGAAAGGAGUUCAAUACACAGAGCAAAGUGAACCGGUCAACGGUGGCUUCACCAUUCAAGGUGCUCAAGAUAGUCACUCCAAUGUUCAAAGUGGCUCAGAUGGCCAUACAAAUUUCAAUAUUCGAGGUUCCAGUGACGCCGGUGCAGAAAGGUACAAUUUCCAAGGAGCUACUACUGGAGGAUAUAAUAUUCAAGGAGCAACGGAUGGACAUAGUCAGCCUCAAUCGUACAUUCGAGGCUCAUAUGCUGGCGAUCCUGCUACUAAAUCUCUUGAGUACAAUGACCCAAGCGGAUCAAGGGUGAAUUGGAGAUCGUACGAUCGUCAGUCAUUGCCAGGGGCACAGCAACAGACGCAGUAUUCGGAAGCCGUGGCUCCGGCACCACGACCACGGCAACGCGGGCAUGCGCAACGUCAACCGCAGCCCCAACCGCAACAGGAAAUAGUGAACCCGAUACCAUCAAAAAGCUUGGACAGUGCACCAGAUUACAUUAAACAGCUCCUUCAGUUCCAGGCUCAAAUUCCAUAUGUAAACAUCAUUCCUGAACCGUUUAGAUACGAUGCUUUAGUGACGACACAAGAACAAGCUCAAGAAAAUCCACAACCUCAGUACCAACGCGUGGAACAGGAAGCUCCAGAACCAAGGCGUCCAGCUUACCGCGGGAAACCACGUGGUCCGUCUAGACAUAGACGGCAAGCGCCGGGACACAGACCGGAAGCUGGGCCGCAACAAAAACAGAGACCUUCGCAACCACCUGCUGAGCCACAGUACAGAUACUCAACGAACCUACCACCAACGCUACAGCAACUGUUAAAAUUUCAGGCGCAGACUCCUUAUAUUAAUAUCAUACCUGAACAGUUCAGAUUUAAUCCAGAAGCUGCAAUACAGGAACAGAUGCACCAGGUGCAAAGUCAUUAUCAAGAUCUGUUGAGACAGCAACCAUCAAAGCCAGUCGUGCAAGCAGCAACAUUUGGAAGAGCAUCGACCCGAGCUCGAGCUCAAGAACCAGAAGAAGAGCAUUCCAGACAAAGAAGACAAGCUCCUCAUCAGCAUCCACAGCCACAGCAACUACCAGCAGAACCUCGACCACAAUAUUCGACCAACCUCCCAAGCGACAUUCAAAAUCUGCUGAAGUAUCAGGCUCAAAUUCCAUACAAUAUCAUUGCCAAUCAAAUCAGUUAUCGCCCUGAAAAGCCUUACAUUCCUCAACCUGUUCAACCUUCUGCACCUUCUCAAGAAUCCCAAUACCAAGCUCAAUACCAAGCACAGCAAGCUCAAUAUCAGCCUCAACAAGCCGAGUACCAACCACAGCAAGCUGAGUACCAGCCACAACAAGCUCAGUAUCAGCCUCAACAAGCUCAGUAUCAGCCCCAACAAGCUCAGUAUCAGCCCCAACAAGCUCAGUAUCAGCCUCAAUACCAACCUCAACAAGCUCAGUACCAACCACAGUACCAAACUCAAGCAGACCGAUAUCAAGGACAAUCAAGUGGAUACAAUCAGCAAUAUAACAGUCAGAUACAGUAUCCCUCUGGAUACAAACAAUCUGGGAAUGAAGUUCGUCCUGUCAAUGAGAAUAACUACUGA